GCGCUCACCUGGGGCAUUUUGGCGGUGUUGAGUCUGGCGCGGAGGGGAAUCUUGAAGAGAAGUUGCGGGAGAAGAGAGGAGAGAGACUGGGGAUAACAAUAGGUAGAGAAUACGUGGAAGUGGGCUGAGCGGGGAUCGUGAUCGUGAGAGAAGACAAAACCAAGCCCGAGACUUAUGACGAAAGCGGGGAAGCGAUCGAGUCAGUCAGCGCGCGGGAAAAGCUCGGAGCGUGGAGGAGAUGCACAACAACCCAGGGAGUUGUGGAGAAGAAGAAGAAGGGGAAUGAGAAAGAAAAAAAUAAAAAAGCAACGAUACAGACAGAAGGGCGAUCUUUAUAAGGGCGCCGCCGUUCCUGAGAGGCGGCGCAACCCAAGGGCGGUUAAAGUUUCGACGCCCGCCGCCGUUGCACCUGACGAGCUCUCGCGGAUUCCCACAGCACGUUGGGCCGUUGGCCGGCCAAUGUGUGGUAAACCAACGGGUGGGGUUGGGCACCGGGGCCAGGCACACUCGCACACACCGAACUCGAUCGAGCCUAGUAGAAUCGCGCGUCGACGACACAUGCUUUCCCUCCAAGCCGCAAACGAUCACUCUUUCUGCACACUUCCGCCGCCAUCAGGGUCUACAUACCCGUCGUGCGGCUAUUGGCAUGGUGCCACGGCCUACGCGCGCAGCUCUCCGCCUUGCUACUGGUCCGGGCCUUGUUGGUGCCUGUGCGAAGAGUAUGCUUUGGUUCAUUCUUCCGCUGCCCGAGUAACGAACGCUCCAGUCGCCGCUUGUCGUUGUUGCACGUACUCUGGCUGCUUUGGUCAGAGGCUGCGGAGCUUGUUCGUGACUGCUGCCUGAGGCUUGCAGGUGACGUGAGUGGUUAUAAAUUCCUGGGCUUUCGAGGCGAGAAAAGUCUUGCACGAGUUCAUGUCCCUAAUUAUGGGUCACGCGACGAUAUUCUGCCAGGUUCUAUCUACACUUGCUGAUAUGGAGAGGUUGGUGGAAUUAUCCCACGCCCACUAGCUCGGUCGAAACCUGUUCGUG